AUGGCAGCAACUGUGUCGAAUAUUGUGUUUCCCGGACAAUUUAACCCAAAAACUGAUAAGUGGUGUGAUUACAAGGAGCAAUUAAUGUGUGCGCUAGACGCGGCGGGCGUCAGUGAAGAUAACCUCAAUAGGGGACGAUCGCUGUUCCUUUCUCAGUGUGGAAAAGACACUUUUGCGUUAAUCGCAUCUCUUUUAGUUCCUAAACGGCCGACUGAAGUAUCGUUAGCGCAUAUUUUCAAUGUUUUGGAUAAGUUUUUUGAACCAGAAGUUAAUGAAAUACUACAGGCGGGAAAAUUUCAUAAACGGCAACAGUUGCAAGGAGAAAGUGUACAGGACUAUGUAGCGGCUAUGAGCCGACUAGGUGCAAAGUGCAAUUUUGUAGACCUGGAACGCCAGUUGAGGGACCGACUAGUGCUGGGGGUGCGGGAUGAUCGCUUACGGCGCGAUUUAUUAAAGAAGAAGGAUUUAACAUACGAAGUCGCACUACAGACUUGUCUGGAUUAUCAAGCGACAUUCCCUGAUUUGUACCCUGCGUAUGCAGCUAGUGCGUCAAACCAAACUCCACCAAAUGUUACCGAAACCGAACCUAUGGAUAUUGGUAUUGUGAGAUCCAAUGAAUGUCGACGGUGUACACGUGGUCAUAAGCCAGGCGAACGCUGUCCGUUCUGGAAAGCAAAAUGCUUCUAUUGUAAGAAAUUCGGGCAUAUUGCAGCAGCAUGCGAUAAGAGGCCAAGACGCACACACCUAGUUGACGAGGGUGGAGAAUGUAGUGGAAGUGACGACGUGUCGGCAGAGAAGAUGAUGGGGAUUUAUGUCUGUACAGAUAAUUGCACACCUCCUAUAACUACCGAUGUUAUUAUAGACGGAGUGCAAUUAUCAAUGGAAGUGGACUCGGGAGCCUCUCGGUCUAUUAUGUCGGAAGAGACAUAUAGAAAGCUAUGGUCGACACCCCCACCUUUAAGACCCACUACAUUGAAGCUGGUAACAUGGACUAGAGAUCCUAUAAAAGUUUUGGGAGUAGCUAAUGUACGAAUUAUAUUAGCGAAUAAGGAAGCACAGUGUGAACUUGUAGUAGUAUCAGGAAAUGGGCCGAACCUGUUGGGUAGAAAUUGGUUUCAAACACUAGGCCUCCAAGUUUCUGGACUGUGCUGGUCAGAAGAGAAUAUCCUAAGUUAUUUAAAGAAGGUCUGGGAGAGUACAAGGGUCCUAAAGUUUCGUUACAUUUACGACAAGAUGCCAUCCCUCGUUUCUUAA